AGUAGAAGAGAAUGCAUAUAAGUGGUUUGGGGGCAGUCGGAAAAAGAAAGCUUGUUGACGAAUCUAAUCCAAUCCGACAAGAAUCAAGUUCCUUCUAGCUAUGGAUGUCGCAGCCACCGGCGUGUCAAUCUUGGUUCCAAGACCCCUCCUUCACUUUCCUUCUUCUACUACUUCUAAGCUAUGCACUUCCAGACAAGUUUAUACCCAUCGGAGACUCUCCCUUCGAAUUUCAACAACAAGACCAGGCUUUCUAGUUAGAGCAGCAACAUCCUCCUCUUCAGACUCUUCUAACGACAACAAAAUUGCACCUCUUCACUUCCAGUCCCCAAUCGGACAGUUUCUUUCUCAGAUUUUGAUCAAUCACCCUCAUCUUGUACCUGCAGCCGUCGAUCAGCAGCUUAACCAACUCCAAUCUGAUCGCCAGGCCGAUCAACAAAACUCAGAUCCUCCUUCUACAACUUCCACCGAUCUUGUUUUGUACAGGAGAAUUGCGGAGGUCAAGGCUAAUGAUAGGAGGACGGCCUUGGAGGAGAUCUUGUACACGUUGGUUGUGCAAAAGUUCAUGGAUGCUAAUAUUUCUUUGAUACCCUCUCUAACAGCAGAUCCAUCUGCCACACUACAUUCAUGGUCAAAUGAAGUUGGCAAACUUGAGAACCUUCACUCCCAAGAAGCAUAUGAGAUGAUCCAAAACCACUUGGCUCUCAUUUUGGGUAACCGAGCAGGAAAUUUAUCAUCUGUUGCUCAAAUCAGUAAACUCAGGGUAGGUCAGGUCUAUGCAGCAUCCGUCAUGUAUGGUUACUUUCUUAAGCGAGUUGACGAAAGGUUCCAGCUCGAGAAGUCCAUCAAAGUUCUUCCAAAUGCAACACAAGAUACUAUCAUGGAUGAUGUAACACCUGCUAGUCAACUGGACAUUUCUCAUCCUGAACUAUCUACCUGGCCUGGAGGCGAUGUCAGUCCUGCUGGAUUUGGCUAUGGUAUAAAGCCCACCAGGUUGCGUAACUAUGUCAUGUCCUUUGAUGGUGAUACCCUCCAGAGAUAUGCAACAAUAAGGUCUAAAGAGGCUCUCAGCAUCAUUGAGAAGCACACAGAGGCAUUGUUUGGAAGACCUGAAAUGGUUAAAACACAGGACAAUGAUGAAAACAUCAAAAUUAGCUUUGGUGGUUUAAGGAGACUUGUUUUAGAAGCUGUGACUUUUGGUUGUUUUCUAUGGGAUGUUGAGGGCUACGUGGACUCGAGGUACCAUUUUGUCUUAAAUUGACUCGUGCAUCCUCCCGAUUGUCCCGCCGUGGCAUUGUUUUAGUGUGUUGGUACUGAGUACUGACCAAUAGGAUACUAGUUUAUGUAGCUUGCUGUUAAAGGUCCAACUGUUGUUGAUUAUUAGAUAUGUAAAUACUAGUGUCUGUGAAUCUAGAUUUAACCAAUGAAGACAGACUUAUUUUCUUCUUCAA